GAACAUAGAACCUCUGACAAAACUCGAGUUAAUCGUCAUCAGUUCUUGCUGGCCGGGAAGGACACAACUGCUCCUGGUUCUUCUGGGUGCUUUCAACCCGUGAGAAAUUAUCAGAGUAUACUGGCGAAGGUAAAUUCUCUUACGACGAGCUCUACUCGCAAGCAGCUUUGUGAGGCUGUAUCCUCCCAUAUGAUACUACAGUCGUCCGGAUGGAGAAGAUAAGAAAUGCCUCGAGUUUAAGGCCGAGAGAUGGAUCAGUGCGAGUCCAUUCAAGUUUCUAGUGUUUCUGGCUGAGCCGAGAGUCAAGACGAUGAAGCAACUCCGGUACCAAAAUUGAAUUUCGGGUGGAGGAAAUAGAAGAGCUCUCAACAGAAAACAUGGGUCAUUCCAAACUUCAGCAAGAUCCACUGGUACGCACCGUCUCAAAUGACUGCCGUGUCUCUUAUCGUAUGGCAAAGUAGCUUCUUCGAAUCUUUUUCUUUGGCUGGCUUUUCUUCCCUUGUGACUUGGGUUUUCAACUGGUCAGGGCGACUGACAUGCGUCACUCUUUUUCUGGGCUUUCAGCAUGAACCAAGGUAUGUUGUGGAGCUUGAGCUUUGUUCUUGCGGCAGCGGUGGGCUGGAUAGUCCGGAGGACGAUUCAAUCAAGAGCCGACUCGCAACGAACAGGCGGUCCAGUACUUUAUCCAGUGGUUGGGAAUGUGUUCGACUUCCUUCGCAACAGCCACAGGUUUCUGGAGUGGUCGACAGAGUAUGUGAUCAACUCUCCCUCCAAUACUUUCACCACUGGGAGGUUUGGCAGCACUUUCAAAAUCACUGGCAAUCCCGCAACUGUGGAGCACAUCUUGAAGACCAACUUUGAGAAUUAUCCCAAGGGAGAACACCUGAGGCAGAGCCUGACCGACUUGCUGGGAGAUGGUAUUUUCAAUGUCGACGGGGAGCUGUGGAAGAUUCAGAGGAGACUUGCGAGCUUCGAGUUCACAACGAGGUCACUGAGGGAGUUCCUCAUGGAUUCCCUGGCGGACGAAGUUCACAGCCGGUUACUUCCAACUCUUGCCAGUGUUUCCCGGGACGGGAAGGAGAUCGACUUACAGGACUUGUUCAUGAGGUUUAACUUCGACAACAUUUGCAAGCUCUCUUUCGGUGUUGAUCCGGCGUGCUUGGAUCCAUCGUUUCCGGAGGUGAAGUUCGCGCAGGCAUUUGACAAGGCAACGACGCUUAGCACGCUGCGGUUCCAAAAGAUCCAUCCUCUGGUGUGGAAAUUAAUGCGAGCUCUCAACGUUGGACCGGAAAGAGAACUCAAGGAGGUGCUGGAUGUGGUGAACGAGUUUGCAGUGUCAGUGGUCCAGAAGCGGCGAGAAGAAAAAGGAAGGGUCAACCAGGACUUGCUCUCGAGGUUCAUUGGACUCGACUCGACGAGCUUCUCUGACGAGUUUUUGCGGGAUAUCAUCAUAAGUUUCGUGCUCGCCGGCAAGGACACAAUAGCGGUGUCACUCUCGUGGUUCUUCUGGCUGCUCUCGAAUCAUCCAGGUGUUCAGCAGGAAAUCAUCAGGGAAGUCGGGAGUACGAAAGGGUCAAACAGGCCAUUCACUUACAAAGAGCUUCGGGACAUGGUCUACUUGCAAGCAGCUCUGUGCGAAUCAAUGAGGCUCUAUCCCCCAGUACCGAUUGACACAAAGGUCGUGAAGAACUCGGACGUUCUCCCGGAUGGUAAUUGUGUGGAGAAGGGGAUGAAGGUAUCGUAUCACGUCUACGCUAUGGGAAGGAUGGAGAGCUUGUGGGGGAAGGACUGCCUCGAGUUUAAGCCCGAGAGAUGGAUCCAGGAUGGCCAGUUCGUCGAGGUGAGUCCAUUCAAGUUUCCGGUGUUUCAGGCCGGGCCGAGAGUGUGUCUGGGCAAAGAGAUGGCCAUGCUACAGAUGAAGUAUGUGGUGGCGGCUCUGGUACCAAAGUUUGAGCUUGUGGUGGUGGGAAAAGAAGAGCCUUGCUACGGUAUCAACAUGACGCUGAUCAUGAAAGAUGGACUUCCCGUUGUUCCCAAGCUUCGUUAGUCUGAGAUGUGGCGCCAAUAUUCCAAAUCUUUUAGACAUGAAAACAUUUUCAAAGUUCAACAAACAGUCAAACAUACGGGGAGUCAACUGAAGGAAAGUUUUGGAUAACUCAAUUCCAGAGCUCGUGAAUGAUGUGUACCAUUUUGGAAGCUGGUGAAUAACGCAAUGUUUGUUUAAGGGGAA